GCCCCAACUCAGCGACUUCCAGACUUCCCACCACCACCAUUCUUCCAUCGAUUUUCACGUUCGCCCUCUCGUUCGAAGCAUCAGUAACGCGUCCAUCUUCCCACCCAAACCACUAGCAACAAUGCCUCCCAAGAAGAACACCACCCCUUCCAAGGCCAAGGCCGCCGCUGCCGCACCUGCCCAUGGCUCCUACAUCGACAUGGUCAAGGAUGCUAUCAUCAACCUCAAGGAACGAAAUGGAUCAAGCCGUCAAGCUAUCCAAAAGUACAUCCAAGCCAACAACAAGGUCGGCAACCUUAGCGAUGCUGCCUUCAGGAGUCACGUCAACCGUGCUAUUACUUCCGGCGAGGAGAAGGGUGAUUUUGCACGUCCCAAGGGCACGUCUGGACCAGUAAAGCUUGCGAAGAAGGAGGCUAAGCCUGCCACUGCCACCGCUACCAAGAAGUCUGAGCCCAAGGCCGAGAAGAAGGUUACGGAGAAGAAGACCGCCGAGAAGAAGACUACUGAGAAGAAGGCACCCGCCACCAAGAAGGCCACGACCACUAAGGCCAAGGCCACCACCGCCACCACCACCAAGGCUGCUCCAAAGAAGACUGUCGGCCGCCCGAAGAAGGCCACCACCACAGCCGCUGCUACCAAGGCUGCCCCUGCCGCUAAGCCCAAGGCCAACGCCAGCAAACCCCGCAAGACUGCCCCAACCGCAGCCCCCGCCGUCGAGGAAGAGGUAUCGCGCGUGCUAGGAAAGACCAAGUCCGGCCGCGUCACCAAGACCAAGGCUCCCGCCGCCGCACCCAAGACAACAAAGAAGGCACCAGCAGCAAAGAAGACCGCCGCAGCGAAGAAGGCCACCACACCCAAGAAGAAGGCGACGCCCAAGAAGGCAACACCAAAGGCUAAGGCAUGAGCUGUUUCAGCUUAAGCUUCUUUGUUCCUGUUAACCUUUUUUAUUUUACCAUGCUACCGUGCGUUAGCUCCGGAGCGUACGCUAGACGACAUCUUCUUCACGUAUUCCCUUUGUCACACUACUAGUCUAUGGGUUCUACAGGUGGGCGUGGUUCGACCACCGGCGGAUAUGGCGAGGCAGGCCUACGGUGUUCGUCCCUGAUUUUCUUACCUGGGAUAUAUCAUGUUGGCCGGGCGUUCUGGCGCGUGUCUGUCACUGCGGAUGGAUGUCUACUCUACUGUCAUUGUUCUCUUCAGCGUCGCAAUCUGGCGUUAUAGGAGGCUAGCUACGACGUGAUGCUAUCGUCUCAAGCAAUCGAAAUCAACACAUACCUCAAACGUUACGCGUCUC